AUGACAGGCAAACGUUGGAUCCGGCAAUUCCUGAUCGGUGCCACACUGGCGCCUUUUCUUGUUUGCUCCGGUGCAUUUGUGGUCAAUCUGGUCGCCGUGUACUAUCAAACCAGUCGGGCCAUUCCCGUACUGACCAUGUUCAUGAUGAUUGCCAUUGUCCUGUUUGUGGUCAUUCCACUGAAUCUGGUCGGAACUGUGAUUGGCCGGAACGUGUGCGGUCUGGCGAACGAUCCGUGCCGAGUCAGUGCCGUCCCUCGCCCUAUCCCGGAGAAAAAGUGGUUCAUGGAACCGACGGUACUCAUCCUACUCAGUGGAAUUUUACCGUUUGGGUCAAUUUUCAUUGAACUCUAUUUCAUCUUCACCUCUUUCUGGGCGUAUAAAAUAUACUUUGUUUUCGGAUUCACCCUGUUGGUCCUAUUACUGCUCAUCACGGUGACGUCAUCCGUGUCCGCUGUUGGUACCUAUUUUUUGCUGAACUCCGAAGACUAUCGAUGGUAA